ACCCUGGAUUUUCAACCAGGCAGGUUGAGGGGCUCCAGAGAGUUGAUGUAUUGCAGAGGAAACUGGCUUUUCAGUUUCCUCAUAUAUUCAUAAAGUCUGUUUUGGGCUGGACAGGAGAUUUCAAAGAGAUCUGGGAGGGAUGAAAUCUCCAAUCCGGGGUCCGUGUUUUGAGAACCCCCAGCACACUGAUUGCACAGGUGUGUGCAGGCCUUUUUAUAGAGUCCUAACCAUAGUUCUGGGCUCCACCCCGGCAGACAGGAGUCAGGAGGGCUCCACCCCGGCAGACAGGAGUCAGGAGGGCUCCACCCGGCAGAUAGGAGUCAGGAGG